UUGUGUUUAAAUUCAUGUCAUAUAUAAGGUAAUAAAAAAUAAUUUUAUGUUUGAAAAUGAAAUACUGUAGUGUCUAGAAACAGCAAUUUAUGCCAAAGUACUUGAUUGUCAUCUCUGUUCUGUAUAAAAAAACUUUAAUCCAGAAAAUGUAUAAAGUUAGGUCUUUGCGACAGUUUUUAUAUGAAAGAGUUACCUUAACGGUAAAAUAGUUAACGUUAUCCAUAAAGCAGUUGGCCCGCAAUAUAUUUCUAGUCACAAACGCCACUUAUAAUUUACUGUAAUUUUAAACGUUUUUAUUGGACUGUUUUCACACUCAUUCAUUCGACAACACAUCUCGAAAAUUGCUUUACAGCCAAAUAAAUUACAUAUUUUAAAUAUUCUGAUAUUUCAGAGUUUGAACUGGCGAUCACUAAUUUCAGACUGUUUGAAUGAAUCUGCGUUGGUUCUUCUUCGGUUAAGUUUAACCGUCUUUCACUAAAGUCUUUCACUACUUUCAUGAAUAUUCACUACAACGUAGCAAAAUAAUAGUGAAAUUAACUUCUGGAAUUUAUGUCGUUUUAUUUUGUUCCUUUUUAUUACCGUGGCAAAUAUCGAGUUAAACUAUAUCUCUGGAUGCAACUACAAAUUGCCUGGACCGCCAUCACGAUCCUGAAGCGGGAAUCUCAGAUUUUUAAAUCUCAACGGUAAUUUUCUGACUGUCUGCCUGAGGAGUAUCUUUUGGUUUGUCGACGAUAGGCCUAUAUGUAUGCAGUCCUCAGUAAGUUUACUAUUUGACAACACUUGAUGGGUGAUCUCACAUGCUUCAAGUCCAAUGAAAAAGCAUGGAUAACAGAAAGACAGUGCAUGUUCCUCAGCUUAGCAACGAAAUGCAGCUGAAUGUCAUGAACUGGGUGAAAUCAGGCCAAAUGAGUAUCGAUGAAGCUCUGAUGCGGGCUAACAAUGGCAUGUUGCACAAGCAGAGGAACCCUGAGCCGGAGGAAAAACAGUCACGGUACAACUUCAGUGUCCGUAAGUUCAACCGGUACAUAUGGCAGAAACGGGUGUUGCAGAUUGAUUUCAGCACAAGCCUUUUGUGCAGCAUCGAGAAAGGCAUUGUGAAACGACAGCUCUGUUUUUCUGAGGUGAAAAACUGCCACGAUGCACCAGGUACCAGGUUCUCGAUUUCGUUUAGAGAUCGUUCUGACUAUGAGCUGGAAGCGGCGUCCUUAGAGGACAAGCAGCAGAUCAUGCAGCUGGUAAAUCAGGUCAUCUUCAAUAACAUCUACAGCCUUCUUGAGAAUGUGAACUCAGUUGAAAUGCAAACUGAACACCUGCCUCCAACUCCUGACAGCCUCAAAGAGGGUCACCUACUACUGCAGAGAGGAGGACUGGCAUCAUUCAAAUGGAAGAAAUAUGAGGCUAAUCUUCAGCCUGGUCAGCUGACCUUGUUCCCAGUCAUUCAGCAGUCUUCCAGCAGUCACGCAGGUGUGUCUGUUUCCUCCAGCGAUUUUGUCUGGAGUCUCUCAGACAUUUACACCAGUGUGGAUGAUAUGAGGUGUACUGGGGGUGAUGGGGCAGCUCUUGUCAUCCAUCUGUCCGACGGUAAUGUCAGGGUGGACAUCCCCUGCAACACAGACACCUUCACGCUGCACAACGACAAGAAUGACUUUGUGUUGCGAAUACCAAAAAGUGACCACAUAACCCCAGAGGCUAUAAAAAAUGAGCGAGAUGCCUGGGUCAAAGCGAUCAAACAGCUAUGUGUGGACUGGAAAAGAAAGUCACAUCUUGAACACUUCUAUGAAGCCCCGGAAAAAGAUCUCAAGGAUGUUACAGAGUCAGAAAGUAAGACUCCGGACAACCACGAGCCGCUUGCACCUCCACCGGUGCCACCUUCAUUGAGACCACGCUUGCCCAGAACAUCCCCGAUUGUUCCUGCAGCUUUUUCAGCAGCACCAGACCCAGAAACGGCUUCCCUGGAAGCAUCAGAAGCAGAACCGCAGCCAACCCUUACAGCACAGAACAGAGCUGUGCACAAGCCAGACCGGACGCCCUCAGCAGUGCCCGUGACCUCACCAGAAGCCACGUGCUCAUCACCGGCUCCGUUUGUUUUGCCCCCGCCGUUGCCUGUGCCAUCAGCAGUGCCAGGUCCUGUCCCUCCUGCCCCUUUGCCCCCUCCGCUGCCCAUCAAAUCCAAGCCGCUUUCAGAGAGGACAAAAGCUUUUCACUGGGACCUGGUGGCUCAGGAUAAGAUAGAGAAGUCGAUGUGGUCUUGCAGGAACCCCAGGAAGAUUGACAUUGACACCUCGCGUUUGUAUGAGCUGUUUGGAGUGAAAGACACGGCACGCAUUGCAAGAUCAGAGUCCAUCAGUACUAUGGAAAUCAUGUUAAACUCAAAGAUCGCUCACAACUUCAAUAUUUUUCUCAGAAGUUUCCCUGUGCAUCCAAAAGAGCUCAAGGACAAAUUAUUGAUUAUAAAUGAAGAGGAAGGGGGUCUCUCUGACGAGCAUAUUGCCUCUCUCAGGAGAUACAUGCCCACCCCAGAUGACACUGAGAUGUAUAAAUCACACAAAGGAGACCCGAGUGAGCUGCAUGUGGUGGACCAGUACAUGAUGGAGAUGUGCAACAUCCCUAACCUCAGCGCCCGUCUGGACCUGCUGCUCACAUUGCGAGAGCUGCCCAUCUGUAUGGAGGACCUCACACCGCUGAUUAUCCAGAAGAUCCGCAUGUGCCAGCAGCUGUGGGCUUGUGACUCAUUUGUCAGUGUGCUGGAGUACCUUCUGGCCGUGGGCAAUUACCUCAACCAGAACGCAGGCAAGGACAGGGCCAAGGGAUUUCGCCUCUCAUGCUUAACUAAGGUAGGACCCGCAACCGCCAGCAAAUGACCUGUGUGUGGUGGCGAGGAGAGCCAGGGCUAAUAAAGCUUCUUACUGGCAUACAGGACACACAUCUGCUGGUUUUAUUUCUCUCUUUCUUUUUUC